AUGGAAAACAAGAACUCAACUCCCUGCAGCAAUUUUAUACUUGGAGACUGCGGAGCUGCGAUUGGUCGUCAGUACAGUAGAAUAAUGGGAUCGAAACGAAACUACAGAGAUGAUCUAGAAGCAAAUAUUCCGGGACAAACUGAUAUAGGCGCUUCUUGUAGAGAUUUGAAUAAUCGUACAUCUCGUCCCAAAUCUCGCGGUCCUGGUAGUCGUCUUCCUCACCCUCCUAUCCCUUCUCAAGCUCAGAUUUAUCAUCGCUCAUACCCAGACAGACAGACUGGACUUGAGAAUGGGACAGCUCCUUAUUCCACGCAAAUCACACGUUCCCAACCAGAUACACAACCACCAAUGCGAUAUCCCAUACCAUCUACGAGCCCUCAAGGUGCUCGUGCAGGUUCUCGGGGAAUAGCUACACCCGGUAGAUCUAGUCGUCUCAGUAGCUCAUCGAAUCAGAUAGCAAGUAAGAGCUCUACUAGAUUCCGUGAGCCAACUACACGGAAUCAUAUUCGUGGCAAGCAAAAUAUAAGAGCUGAAUCGGGUUCUACGAUUCUAAGGCCGAAUAGCUAUGCGUAUGUCUCUGCUAAUGAUUCUGCAAGAUGUGGAACUGCGGGAAGUGUAGCGAGUCAUCGGCUGGAUAGCUCUCGUUCUGGGAAGGAAGAUGUUUGA